AUGUUGAGCGUAUUCAAACUGGCUCAAUCACAGCCCAACACUCACCGCACCCUCACAACAAGCGCUGUUAAUCUCGUUAGCAAGCGCAAACAAUCUUCGAGGCUGAAGAAGAAGGUGAACAUCUCUCGGAAGCAAUCGGUGGUAGAUGCUCAACACUCAAACCUCCCUUCACCUGCACUUGGCUAUCGAUCGGGUGAAGAAGACAUUUGGAACAACUCCCAACUCGCUCAGAUUGUUCUGACACCUGAGCAAGUGUACAGUAACGUCAAUGGCGUAUCUGGCAGAGCUCCCCUCUCUCACUUGACUGGCGUUCCAGACGACCCUAAUGACGCCUUCCCCGGUAUUGAAAUCCCUAAGCUGCUCAACACCCCAAUGCGCUCUGAGGACCUCUUGUCCAUAUUCAAAACCCUCCCUUCUCUCUCUGCACAGAGGAAAACUCAAUCAAACAGCCUCCUCUCUGACAUUGAUAUCGAGACUGUCGUUGAGCACGAGCGCAUCAAAUUAGAAACUUUCAGCCGCCUUAUCGACCUCAGGAACUCAUCCGCUAAAGGCAUCAUGCUGGAGAAUAUCCGUAGAUGUAUCACUGCUUUUGGUGAUGGCCAUGUUAACGGCAACUCAACUCAACCUACACACCAAGGUGACUCAGGAAAAGUCGAAGUACAGGCGGCUAUUCUCACUACCAGGAUAAGAAGCUUGGUCACUCACCUCCAACUCAAUCCUAGAGACACUCAAAACAAGCGCUCUCUCUCUCAACUCGUUCACCACCGUGCAAAACUCCUCAAGUACCUCAAAACCCUGUCUGAUACACGUUAUCAAAGUGUUUUGCCUCGUCUCGGUCUCACCCCCAAGGCUAUAGAGAUGGAAAUUAGCGGCAGCCUAAUCUGA